AUGCACGCCUGCUCUGGAGCCGGCCCAGGCAUCUUCAGGUCUCGCCCGUUGACACACCAGCUCAGCGCUGCCGCUACCCGGUCGCAAAACAAGGGCCGAGUGGAAUUAAUCUUCAACGACUGGGAAGCCUUGAGUCGCCGCUAUAACUGGGGAAUGGGUGAAGAGGCGUAUUCGACCCGGUCUGGACCGGCAGUAGGAGGUGAGGAAGAAAUAGAAAGCAUGCGCAUCCCGAGGAGAGAGCACGUCGAGUGCACGCACCGCUUUGAGGCACAGCAGCGCGAUGGCGUGUCGAUCAGCAGGCGCAUUGCCAAAGCGAUGGCCCGGAUGCCUAGGGCCACUAGGCUGGUGCUGGACGACGACCCAGACACGACUGUGCCGGCCUGGGCUACUGCUGCGCCAACAACAGCACAGUGGCUGGUUGCCCCGACCAGCUGGGCGGUUGGGCUACGGCCUUCAGACUCGGCCGCGGCUUCCCUCCUAUCUAUACACUCUUCGCGCUUCCCGAAGCGAUCCGUUACGCCGGCGUCAGAUUUGUUAUCCCUCCCGAGCUUACGGGCCUGCGCAUCCACCGGCUACGGCUGCCUUCCGGAUUUUCCGCUUUGGCUGGCGCCGGAGCGAAGGGACCCGCUGCCGCUUGAGGUUGCGGAUUUGCAGGCGGAUUACCGCUCGCUGUGCGUCUUUGACUUUACAUCUGACUACGAACCGAACUCCUAUUUCACCGACAGCCUUACGUGCCUCGAGUGUACGGAGAUGUCCACUCUCUCAGAACUCCGGACAGGGUUGCAUGAGAUCUUGGAAUGGAUGCUGGCGUCCAGCAGCCUGAAGCAGGUUCAAGUCGAUCUCCAAAUGGUGCACAGCGGCAUCCCUUGCGAAGUCGCCAUGCCUAACCCACCGUGGCCCCAUACUCAGGUCCUCCACCUGCAGGACGGUGUUCUGGUUUUCGCCGGCUUCGCCAGGUUCCUCGAGGCCACCUCCGGUGGUGGCGGCGACCUCGAGGAUUUUGUCAGGACGACGGCGACGCCAGGGUCGCUGACUGUCCGACUGAGACGGCCGCUUGGUGCCGAGUUUGACGAUCCGGCGCUUCAAAGGCCGCCUGCGCGUACACCAGGGCGCUUUCUGACCCCGACGACGAAUACGCGCAGGCAAUGA